AUUGUGGUUUCGCCAGAAGAUAAGUUGCUGAUUACUCUGUGUUUUUGGGUGCCUUAUUUAACAAUGGAUUCUGUAUACUGCUUAAGGGUUCUUUUUGCAUUGUUUCCUGCUUAUGUAAUCUGUUUGGGGAAUUAUGAAGGGAGCAUGCCACCCGCCAAUUUGCAAAGAGUUUCAGCACACACUUUCCCUGUGAUUGGCCCUGAGGUGAAACAAAUGGGAAACUGGAAUGAUCCUGCUUACAGUUCUGCUGGCCUGCCCCACAGUCAAGCCACCCAUGGAAGUUAUGACAAUGAGCAUAAAGAGAGUUUGUUUGUGGGAUCAAAUGUAAAAUCAGAUUCAAAAGAUUGUCAGACUUCUGCUGAAAGUGAUGAUCAAGACAAUAAUUUGAUUAGCUAUAAGCCUUCUGCUUCUUAUCCUAAAUAUGACUUGUCAGGUUUUGGUCAACCCUCUGUUCAAGAUGAGUCUCAUACAGUUACUGAUGCCUUCAAAAAUGUUCAGCCUGGUAGCAGGCUAGCUUCUACCUCAUCUCAGAGCGAGUUCGCCUUGAUGAGAAACUUAAAAGUACCUGAACCAAACCCCUUAAAGCCAUCUAGAGGUGAAUCUAGUUACGAGGUAACUAAAACUGCUGGCUCGAACAAGAUGUUUGUAGUAAAGCCUCCUAAAAACACACAUGGCCUUAUGGAGUUCAACUCUGAAGUUACUAGAAACCUACUUGCAAGAGGUCCAAACGCUGCGUCAAACUCCAUCUCAAGUCCGGUUUCCCAUCAGUAUAGUUCAUCUGAGGGGAGCCAGAGUACUAGCCAACUCCAGACAGCCAGUAGCCGUUAUGGACCAUUGCUGAAGGGGAUACCUGGGUAUUCAAGUAUGGAUCCAAGAAAAACCUCUCAUGAUGGGCUUAAGUACACUGAGGCCAAGCCUUCGGUUGUUAGCUCAGGGCCAAUCUUUGUAGUUCAAGGUGGAGGAAAUGUUCAAGAUCUUGGUGGCUAUAGUGGGCAUCCAGAUUCAGUAAAACCACUUGGAGUUCCCAGUCAUGUUGACCCCUAUCAGGCCAGUCAGAUCUUUAGAGAUACUAGAUUGACUGCCAGCAGUCAGGGCAAGUCCUGGAAUGAACCUCUACACUACUCCAUGAGUGGAACUCGAUACAAUCCCAGUCCUGAGCCAAGAAAACCUUCCAAAAAUGAUUAUAGGGACAACAAUGCUAGAUCUUCAAUUGGCAGCUCUGGUGGAGUUCUUCUCGAGGCCUCAGAAAGUGCUCCAAGAAACGCAUUACCACCUCACUAUGAAUCUACUCGCCCCAAAUUCCAGCAGACCUACAAUAUCCAUGGUCAACCUAAUCAAGUCUUUGAGCCUAUGUACCCCUCUCGAAGUGGGGCUCAACAUGAUGUGACCAAGUCCUCAAUUGCCAGUUCUCGAGCAAUCCUGAUGAUUCAGGCUCCUGCAAAUAUUCACGAUAGAGCAGAAUCCAAUAAACCCCAAGUUCAUACUAGCUCUCCAGACCGUAAAGUACCAUUUGCCCCAGGUCAGACUGCUCAUGAACGCCAACCUUUUCAAGUGAACCAGAAUUCCAGAAAUGUCCAGCCAGCCACUAGCACUUAUGCCAGCUCUUCCCAAACUGGGUAUCAGCCCUUCUCUUCUCUGAAGAGAACCCCAUACAAACCAAGUAGAGUGCUCUCAAGGCCUUCUACAAGUAAAUUAGGAUUCAGUGCCACUAAUGAGAUCAAUACAGUCCACGUAAGGCUUAAUAAGCCACCCACAAGCAGCUUUGGUAGUUUUCAGAACCAAUGGGCUUCUGGUGGCAUUAGCAGUGGCGUUUUCCAAAGUUCCUUACCUCCAAGUUACCCGGGCCAGAGACCAGGUCAAACUGAACAAAAUCCAGUUAGUUCUUCAGCCCGUUAUCCCGAAGGAGUCCAAAGCCAAUUCACUGUAAAUACAGAUGGCACCAGGCUUAUUACUGCCAUUCCAAGUGAGUUUGGCCAAGGUGCCAUCCGAAGGAUGUCUCCUACACUUUCCAGCAGCUACAGACAAGCGGAGCAAAACCAGCAUCGAGUUAACAGUUUGGGUUCCUCUACCUCUAAAUGUGAGGUGGCCCAGAAUAGCCCUGCAGGUUUUGGUCAACAGGAACCAGUCCGAUUCCAGGAAGUGAACCUCUCCAUCUAGAAGCAGAUCUCAACGUCUAUAAACCUUGAUUAGGUGUGUGUUUGGGAGGCUGUCAGUCAUCAGGCUCUGGGGCUCUGCAAGGACUAAAGGAUGCUCCGACUGAUCCAUUGUGCCGAGGUUCAGUCCUGGCAAUUUAUAAACGCACCACCCUUUCAAAGGCUGUACAUUUAAUGUUAAUAAAAAUGUUAAACCCACAAAGUUUACUUUCCAAAUUGUCUUAAAAAAAAAAAAAA